GACUCUUUACUUCACCUCACAUAUACCUGUGGAUCUUUUGUUCGCCGUCAACUGAAUAUUUGCCUUGGACAAGACUACUGACAGUAUAUUCUGUCUGUCUACACAAAGUUGUCCCGUCUCGUUCUGACCUCUCUCUAUCCCGCUACUCGCUCAAGUCCCUCGAACAGACGCAUUCCCUCUCGCAAGCCCCGAAGUCACUACCGAUCAUGUCGACAGACCUGCCGGUUCCGGAGACCCGCGUUUUGGCCGUCGCCAGCCAUGUCGUCUCUGGAUAUGUCGGUAACAAGAUCGCCGUGUUCACAAUGCAAUCACUCGGCUGCGACGUGGCUGCGCUCAAUACGGUGCAAUUCAGCAACCACACCGGCUACAGACAGGUCAAAGGCACCAAGGUCUCUGCGCAAGAAAUUGCAGACCUGUACGAGGGCCUCCAGCAGUCCUACCUCGACGACUUCGACAUGAUGCUGUCGGGCUACAUACCAGGCGCGGAGGCGGUCCAGGCCGUGGGGCGCAUCGCGGAAGACCUCAAGGACAAGGCGAGGAGGAAGGGCCAGCCAGGGUCAUUCUUCUGGGUGCUGGACCCCGUGAUGGGCGACAACGGCAGGCUUUAUGUUGCGCAGGACGUUGUGCCUGCGUACAAGAGCCUGCUGCCGCACGCAGACCUGAUUCUGCCGAAUCAGUUCGAGGCCGAACUCCUCUCCGGCGUUGAGAUAACAGACAUG